AUGGCUGACGAGUUCGAGAAACACGUUAAGAUCCUGGAUUCAUUAGAGACAAAGGCACAGCAUUGGGAUUCUGUGUUGGUGGAGCUUCUUUUCAGUCGUAUGGACACCAACGCACAAAAAUUGUGGGAAAACCAGCGGGAUAAAACAAAACGCCCUUCUUACGAAGAUCUGGUACUAUUUAUUCACGAACAUUCGCGGACUCUACAGUCGCUCAAGCUCUCCCAAAAUGUCAUUUCCUUUGCGGAGACCAAGCCUCCGAAGCCACACGCGUUGGCCAAUCAUUAUGCCUCAGAGCAAGUGCAGAGAUUUGCAGCAUGUAAACAAACUCACUAUCUUUUUCAGUGCGAGUUUUUCCGUUCACAAACUCCGCAUCAACGUUUCGAAUUAGUCAAACGUAAUAAUUUAUGUAUCAACUGCCUGAGGGCUGCACACUAUGGAAAAAACUGCACCAGCGGUUCAUGCAAAUAUUGCCAGAGGAAGCAUCACACCCUGCUUCAUCUUCCUCCAUCUCCCACAUUGCUCGCAACGGAAGCUCCACCACACAUGCAACCUGCACCAGUCACGAUGCUUCAUCAGCAAUCGCGAUUUGAAAACCAAAUGUCGCAUCCUCCGCCCGUAACGCAAAUAAGUGACUCCGUUGGCACUUCGGUCGGUCGUUCGGUUUCGUUGUCGUCGCCGUCGGUACUUGCGCCUUUUCCCGCACCGUCCGGUACAGUCGCACCUCCCUUCACAAGCUGUCAAACAGUCACACCAGUUCCAAUGAGUGAUCAUACAGUAUUACUAUUCACCGCUCUCGUCAAAGUUCGUGACAAUCUCGGACAAACCCACCUCGCUCGUGUUCUUUUGGACAGUGGAUCACAGUCCAAUUUUAUUUCCGAAUCAUUAUGUCAACGCCUUGCGUUAAAUCGCAGAAAAGUUAAUGUGCCAGUGAGCGGAAUUGGCCAAGCCAUUGUGAACGUGCGUUAUACAGUGUCAGUGCAAUUUUCUUCCCAUUUUAGAUCACACGAAUACUGUUUAGAAUGCUUAGUGCUUCCAAAACUGACGGUUAGUCUACCAACAAGGACAGUAGACAUUAGUGCAUGGAAGCUCCCUGAACAUCUACCAUUGGCGGAUCCACAAUUCAAUGUGAGUCACGGCAUUGACCUCAUCGUUGGAGCCGAGCUGUUUUCAAUGAUCUUGCAAGCAGAGCAAAUCGCAUUCGACGACCAACUUCCAGUUCUACAGAAAACCAGCUUGGGAUACAUCAUAGCUGGAAAGAUUCCCACGAAUACAUCUUCGCUAGUUACGUGCCUUGUGUCUACCUUUGAUGAUCUGGACGCUCAAGUCAGGAAAUUUUGGGAAGUGGAGAAUUUCGACCACGGCAAAGCAUACACCACUGAUGAACAGCAAUGCGAAACUCAUUUCGUGACCACCCACAACCGGAAUGAUGAAGGACGAUACGUGGUUCGUCUACCCACUCGCCAAGAAAUGCUCCCGCUCAUCGGAGAAACGUGGCCAACGGCCGCCCGAAGGUUCACUGCGAUGGAGAAACGAUUCAGAGGUGACACUGGUCUUCGUUUUAGCUACGUCCAAUUCAUGGAAGAAUAUAAACAGCUUGACCACAUGGAGGAGGUGCAGACUCGCGCCGCGUUGCCCCAGUUCUUCUUGCCCCAUCACGCAAUCUCUCGUCCCGAUUCGUCAACUAUCAAAGUCAGAGUUGUAUUCGACGGAUCUUGCAAGAGCAGCAACCAUCUUUCGUUGAAUGACCUUCUACUCACAGGUCCUACAGUGCAACCCACCCUGUUAUCCAUCGUUCUCAAUUUUCGACUGCAUCGGUAUGUGAUGAUAGCAGAUAUCGAAAAAAUGUACCGACAGAUCCUUGUACACCCUGAUGAUAGGCCACUUCAGCAAAUCCUCUGGCGCCAACAGGCAUGGGAGCAAAUAAAACCGUAUCUUCUGAAUACCGUCACGUACGGCACCUCUUCUGCACCAUUCCUUGCUACCAGGACUUUGAACCAGCUUGCAGAAGACGACGGCAAGGACUUUCCGCUGGCGGCACUUGUCGUUAAACAAGGAUUCUAUGUUGACGAUUUACUGACGGGAUCCGAUAAUUUAGAAACUCUGGUAGAAACAGGACAUCAGUUGGUCAGUCUACUGAACCGAGGCGGUUUUUCCCUCAGAAAGUGGAGCGCAAACCACCCAACCAUUCUGGAACACAUCCCAGAGAAAGAUCGUGAAACACUGACUGUAGUGGAACUUGACCAGUCUCCUUCAAUUAAAACACUUGGCCUUCUAUGGUUUCCAACAGAGGGUCUGUUCGGCUUCAAGGUUCCACAGCUGCCACCCCUCGAACGUGUGACAAGACGCAUUGCUCUUUCCGAAAUGUCUCAGCUUUUUGAUCCUUUGGGUCUCGUGGGACCAGUAGUAGCCAGCGCUAAAAUAUUUGUACAGCAGUUAUGGCAAGAGAAUUUGCGUUGGGACGACGAGCUUCCGGAAAAACUGCAGUUAUGGUGGCUGUCCUUUCGAGCAUCAAUUGACGUCCUAAGAAGUCUCCGUGUACCUAGAUGGGUUAUGGUUCCAUCAACUACCAACUAUGAACUGCAUUGCUUCACUGAUGCUUCUGAAAGGGGAUAUGGAUGCUGUAUUUAUGUCGUGUCUACUGAUGGUAAAUCCAAGUCCAGCCACCUACUUAUCGCCAAGUCUCGAGUCGCACCAGCAGGUGGUCUCAGUAUUCCACUUUGGAACUUUGUGCUGCCAUUCUGGGAAGUCAAUUAG